UGUCAUUGGAUUUUCCUUCGGAAAAAUUUGGGUCAUUUGGCGAUUAGUCUAGGAUCGUUGUAGCUAAAAACCCUAAUCGCAGUCCAGCCAAGGAUAACCUUAGUGCUUGCGCACACCAAACAUCUGUUCGUUUGUUCUUUUAUUUUAAACGAAGGAUUUUGUGCACAUGUUUGAGAAGUGGAUAUAGACAUGAAGUUUCAGAAAUUCAAUAAAACCUAAAACCCUAAACCCUUUCAUCACCAACGAGAGAUAAAAAUCAAAACCCAGAAAUGUUAGCUCGAAAGUUCUCACCUUUCAAAUUCAAACAUGGGUUUCACCUCGCCUUCAUCAGUUCUUCUUCGCAGGUAAGCAAUUUUCAAUCUUUAAACUCUCACUUACUUUCCAAUUUCAAUUCAACCCUUUAUAACCAAUACCCACACCAAUUUCCUUCGAAUCGUUCAAGAUUUUUCUCUUCUGAAUCACAAACAUGUUUGAAAUUCAUAAGGGAAGGAAAUUUCGAUGAGAAAACAUCUCAAAAUCAUGUAAUUUGUCCUGGUUGUGGUGUUCAUAUGCAAGGGUUAGACCCAAAAUUACCGGGUUACUUCAUGAAACCUUCAGAGAAGAAGCCAGAUUAUAAAAUGAAAUUAGAUAGACAACCCAUAUUUGAUGAAACUGAGAUCUCAGAUUCUAUCAAAAGGGGCAGUCUCAAUGAAGUUAAUAAUGAGCCUGAACAACUCCCAAAAGCUACUAAAUUUGGUUCGAAACCGGUUGUUUGUGCUAGAUGUCAUUCGCUACGUUAUUACGGGAGAGUGAAAGAUGUUACGGUGGAGAACUUGUUACCGGAUUUCGAUUUCGAUCAUACAAUUGGUAGGAAAUUGGUGUCGACAAGUGGGGCAAGGUCAGUUGUUUUAAUGGUUGUUGAUGCUGCUGAUUUUGAUGGGUCAUUUCCUAGGAAAGUUGCGAGAUUGGUUUCGGAUACUAUUGAUGAGAAUUCAGUAGAUUGGAAACAAGGGAAAUCAGGGAAUGUACCUAGAGUUGUUCUUGUGGUGACGAAAAUUGAUCUGCUUCCACCUUCUUUAUCGCCUACGAGGUUGGAGCAUUGGAUUCGUACACGUGCUCGUGAAGGAGGAGCUAAUAAGGUUACUAGUGUUCAUUUGGUUAGUGCAGUUAGAGGUUGGGGUUUGAAAAAUCUUGUGGAUGAUGUUUGUAAGCUGGCUGGUGCUAGAGGAAAUGUUUGGGCUGUUGGAGCUCAGAAUGCAGGGAAAUCGACGCUGAUUAACUCGAUAGGUAAACAUGCUAGUGGAGGGGAAGUUAAUGAAUUGACUGAAGCUCCUGUGCCUGGGACUACUCUGGGGAUUAUCAGGGUAGAGGGUAUUCUUCCUGGUCAAGCGAAAUUGUUCGAUACUCCAGGACUUUUGCAUCCUCACCAGCUUACGACAAGACUUACGAGGGAAGAACAGAAAUUGGUGCAAAUAAGCAAGGAGUUGAAACCAAGAACCUACAGAAUCAAGGCUGGUUAUACUGUUCAUAUUGCUGGCCUAAUGAGACUGGAUGUAGAGGAAACAUCUGUUGAUACAGUUUACGUUACCGUCUGGGCUUCUCCUUACCUUCCUUUGCAUAUGGGAAGAACAGAGAAUGUUGAGACUAUGCGCGAACACCAUUUUGGUCGUCAGUUACAGCCACCUAUCAAUGAGGAAAGAGUCGAGGAACUUGGAAACUGGGUCCGGAAGAAAUUGCAUGUGUCGGGAAACAGUUGGGAUGUAAGCUCCAUAGACGUCUCAGCUUCUGGCGUUGGUUGGUUUGCCGUGGGACUAAAAGGGGAAGCCCGUAUAGGUGUUUGGACUUAUGAUGGCAUUGAUGUUACAUUACGGAACUCACUUAUCCCACAAAGGUCAAACCACUUUGAAGUGCCAGGAUUUACAGUCUCUAAGAUUGUAUCUCAAGCAGAUCGAGCUACAAAUAAACAACCUCAAAGCAAAAAGCAGAAGAAGCAAAAGCAUGGCAAAGAUGCUGCGUCUGAUUCAUCACCAUUUCCAGAUAAUGCGGCAGAUACAAGUUCUUGCUAGCAUAAGAGUUCCAUGCUGGUUUCAAAUUUCACCUAAAGGUGGACGUUUGAAGUGAAGGUGAAGAAAGGAAGCAACUGACUGGUCUGAGGGAGAAGCAAAUUGAGAUUUCUCAAGAGCCAGAUGGUUGGGAUUAUUUUGUUUUGCACAACGAUCUUGUCAUUCCCCGCAUAAACCCGAAUCAAGUUUGUGUAUGUUGGGAAUGGCACAGAGGGAUCAUUGGGUACUUAUUUUUGGAGUGGACCUUUAGCAGGUCUAAAUUUGGUCGCCGUGUUUGUUAUUAGCCAAUGUGAACCAUCAUGAAGUACUCUCCGGCUCAGUCAAAUGAUUACAAUUACAAAUAAACAUCCUACCCUGUAUA